AUGUCUCAGGAGAAGCCAUCGACAAGCCUCCAAAGUACGAGCGACCACAACGUCCAAAACAUUAUCCUGGGAGAUCUGCUUUUCAAGCCAUGGUACCAGUCAAUAUACCCGGAGGAUCUAGUCCCCAAGGACGCCGAACAUCUCUAUGUGUGUCGGUGGUGCUUCCGAUACUCCUGCGAUAAACUCGCAUUUGCCAAGCACACACGACUUUGUGCAAAUCGCACCACUCCCCCGGGCAUCAAGGUGUACGAGCAUGGCGGGUAUGCCGUUUGGGAGGUAGACGGGGAGGACCACAAGCUCUUCGGACAAAACCUCUCUCUUUUCGCCAAGCUCUUCCUUGAUCAUAAGACGGUCUUUUUCGACGUCGCCACAUUUCUCUAUUACAUCCUCACUUUCGCCGACCCUGCCAGCCCGGAAGAGUAUUCCGUGCUGGGGUUUUUCUCCAAAGAGAAACUCUCGUGGGACUCGAACAAUCUUGCCUGCAUCUGCAUCUUUCCACCAUAUCAGCAUCGGCAACUGGGAAAGCUUUUGAUGGGAGUGAGUUAUAAACUGAGCGGAUGGGAACACCCGGGCGGAUACAUUGGGGGGCCAGAAAAACCUCUGAGUGAUUUAGGCCAGAGGAGUUAUAAUCGUUUUUGGGCUGAGCGCAUUGCACGAUUUCUUUUGCACGGGAGGCAAUGUAGCAACAAGCCCGACGGAGACACCCAGAAAUUGCCAAAGCCAUCACCAACGAAGGUGUCGAGAAAGAGACCGCCACGAGAAUAUCUCACAGUCGAAGAGAUUGGUCAGGCUACUGGAAUGCUCACUGAAGAUGUGAUCACGGCGGUGAAAAGCAUGGGAGUAGUGCGACCUGAUACUACCCCAAAGAAAAGGAAACUUGCCCGGCUGAUGGGCGACGAGGACCCCAAGGAAGCCCCCAAGGUUGUGAUCCACAAAGCGGAUAUAUGGGAAUGGGCCAAGGCGAAUUGUCUUUCUUUUGAGGAUCCCGUGAAAGACGAAGGUUUCACAGCUGGCUUCCCAUCCUUUUCAGUCUCUGAAGACGAUGAUAGCACGUCUCAAGAGGAGUGA